AUGUUUCCUAACAAUGGCUUUAACGAAGGGAUAAAUCAGCUGAAUUCUUACCAAAAUAAUAAUAGGAAUCCUUAUGAGAAUAAUAAUGAAAAUUUUUAUCAAAAUCCUGGGAAUAUUAUGCAAGGGGGCUACAAUAAUGGGCUUGUUAAUAAUAUGUAUGGAAAUGAUUUUAUGAAUAAAAAUAUGAAUAACUAUAACAAUGAUAUUUUUGGUAAUAGCAUGAAUAAUAUGCCAAAUAUGAAUAAUAGCCAAAACCAAAAUAAUUUAUAUUUUUCAAACAAAAAUGACAAUAUAAAUUUUCCAAAUCAAAAACCAUUAUUUACACAAAUUAAGCAAAACGUUUCAAUUUUUGGAAAUAAACCAAAAAACACACCCCUUUUUGCAAAUAAUAAUAUUAUAGGUGAAUCCAAAUUUAAUAGACCCAAUCAAACGUCAAAUUUCAGAUUUAAUGAUUUUGUAGGUAAAGACAAAUCAAUAUUUGGAAAUCGAAUAAAAGAAGGAAAAUCACUUUUUAGAAAUUCAAAUAACAUGAAUUAUGGAAAUAAUAUAAAUUAUGCGGGCAUAGAAAAUUCGGCGCCUAAUAAUAAUAUUAAUCCAUUAAAUAAUCAAAAUAAUAAUUAUGUAAAUUACAAUUGUGAUUCUAGAGUAAUUCCUCAAAAUGUGAUAAAUCCUUGUAACUAUAAUGAUCCUAUGGCAAAAAAUAUGAAUUUUAUGAUGAAUGUACAAAAUAAUAAAAUGAAUAAUAUUCCAUAUAUGAAUUAUAAUAUGAAUGGUAAUAGUUCCGUUGUAGGAAAUUUUAAUAUUGGAGAAAAUAAUUCUAGUAUUUCUGGUAUAAAUAAUUCAUCUUAUAACAUGCAACCGCAUUUAAAUUCUGGAGAUAAUACUAUGAAUGUUGGGAGUUUUAACAAUAUGAAUACUGCCUAUAAUAUAUAUGAUAUUGGUGGAAAAAAUCCAAAUAUAAUUAAUUAUCCCCAAUUUAGUAGUCAAUCGGAUCUAAACAUGAAUAAUAAAUUUAUAAAUAAUAAUGUAGGAAAUAUGCAACAUUAUCAAAAUAUACUACAAAAUAAUAAUGUGAACAAUGCAGGCAAUUUUGGUUUAAAUAAUUUCAAUUUGCUUGGUUCUCAUAACAAUAUUCUCAAUAGUGGUAUAGUGCAUGAUAAUAAUAAAAAUCCAAUGGAACAAAAUUAUAAUUUUAAUAAUGUCGAUUUUAGAAAUCAAGUAAUUCAACCAAGCAACCCUGACAGUAAUUCGCACUAUACCAACAACACAGCUAAUUUGGAAAUACAAGAAAUGAAUAAUAAUAUGAAAAACAAUACAAAGGAUAUGGAAAAUAAAAAUAAUGGAAUUUUAUUUACUAAUGAAAAUGAAAUUAUGUUUGAAAAAAAUUAUAUUCAAAUCGACAAAACAAAAAAAAUAAAAUUUUUUAAUGAAAAUUUUAUUAAAUCUUUAGAACAAAUAAAUAAUCAGAAUUUAAAUAGUUAUAAUGAAAAUAGAUCAACUAUAUAUACAUUCCCAACUUCUCAAUUAUUUAAUAAUGCAUCAUUUUAUUUGAAAGCAAUUGAAGAGUGCAAAAAGGGCGAAAGAUUUGAUGUUGAUAGCCAAUUAUUUGAUAAAAUUUUUUCAAAAAAUAUUUCGAACAAUUUUACAGUUUUAAAAAAUAUUGACACUAACAAAAUAAAUGAAAAAGAUUUCGAUCUAAGUAUAUAUUAUCCCUUAUUACACGUUGAAAAAAUUAAAUUUAGAAAUUCCUCCGAAAUCCCUCAAAAUAUAAAUCAAUUGCUAGCUUCUCCAUUUGAAUUGGGAAAAAUACCUGCAGUUAUUUAG